AUGAAAACUCUAAGCUGGAACUGUCGAGAGCUUGGGAACCCUCGAACAGUUCAAGACCUUUGUCAUAUGGCGAAGGAGAAGAGACCCAACAUAGUCUUCUUGAUGGAGACUAAGAUAAAUUCAGAUAGAUGUGGUAGAGUGAAGAGAAGACUUAAGUUUGAUGGCUGCUUUACAGUUGAACCAGUUGGAAGAAAGGGGGGUUUAGCAUUAAUGUGGGACUGUGAUACUUAUGUAGAAGUUCUGAAUUACUCAUUAAGACAUAUCAGUGCAUGGAUUACAGUAGAGGAGGGGAGAAGGAAAUGGUUACUUACUGGAUUUUAUGGUGAACCUGAGGUAAACAAAAGGGAAGAGGCAUGGAGGUUGCUUACAAGUCUGAAACCAGAAGAAAAUCUAGGAUGGUGUGUAAUAGGGGAUUUCAAUGAGAUCCUAUCCCAAAGUGAAAAAAUAGGAGGUUGUUUAAGACAAGAAAGGUUGAUGGACAGCUUUAGGGGGGCCUUGGAAAGUGGAGGUCUAUUUGAUUUGGGUUGGAAGGGGGAUAAGUAUACGUGGAGCAACAAACAUGAAGAUAAUACUUUCAUUAAAGAAAGGUUGGAUAGGGUUGUAGCUAAUAUUAAAUGGUCAGAAAUGUUCCAAGGUAAUGAAGUGGAAGUUUUAGCUGCAAGGAGUUCUGACCACAAACCCAUUAUGCUGAGUACAAAACAGGUUGAUAAAAGGGGGUGGAAAGGGAGUAGACAAUUUAGAUAUGAAGCUAGUUGGGCACUUGAAGAAGAGUGCAAAGUUGUCUUAAAGAGAGCAUGGCAAAACUUAAGCCAAAACAAAAUGAGUAUGGAAUGA